AUGAGAACUUUUACUGCCUAUUUGGUGAUUCUCUUGGCUGCACUUGCUGCUGCUGAAAAGUAUGCGAUGGUGUUUGGUACUGCUGAUGGUUGGAGCAACUAUUCUAUCACUAGCGAUCCUUGCCGUGUGUACACCGACCUCAUUCGUGCUGGAAUUAAGCCUGAAAACAUUAUUUACAUGACCUACACUACUGAUGUGAACACUAGCAGAAAUCCUUAUCCUGGAAUGAUUUUCACUGAUCCUGCUGAUAACACUGAUGGUGAUUGGGCUAAAUAUGGAUGCUUUGAUCAUGUUGAUUACACUGAUGAUGAAAUCAACGAGAAAGUGUUCUUGGCUAUUCUUUCUGGAGACGCUGAGACUGUGAAAGAGGCGACUGGUAAGGAGAAUCCUAAGGUAUUGAAUGCUGGACCUGAGGAUACUGUGUUCACUUAUUUCAUUGACCAUGGUGGUGAUGAUAUCAUUUGUGUUGGUGGUGAUUAUGUUCGCUCGGCUGCUUUGGUCGGUGCUCUUAAGACUGCGUACGAGAAGAAGCUGUACGGUAAGUGGGUGUGGUUCAUGGAGGCUUGCCAUUCGGGAUCCAUGUUCCCUAAUCUUCCCACUGAUAUCAACAUCUACGUGAUGACUUCUGCUGAUGCUCAUCAUAAUGCUUACAUGAGCAACUGCCCUCCUGAGGAUUACAUUGGUGAGAAGCACUUGGGCGCUUGCAUGGCUGGACUUUGGGAUAAUUUCUAUCUGGAUUAUCUGGAACAGAAUCCUGAUUGCACCAUUGGAGAGAUUUUCGAUUCCGUGAAGGCUUCUGUUGCUGAGUCCUCUGAUCAGAACGUUUCUGAGUUUGGAGAUAUGACUUUCCGCGAUCUCAAGGUCUCUGAGUUCUUCGGAGAGCUUCCUUCUAGAAGUCUUCGUAAGUCUUACAAGGUUUCGAAGAGCGAGAGCAACGUUCCUGUGUCGGAAGUGCCUCUUCAUCUUGCUAAGUGGGCUGCGAUCCGUGCGGAUGAUAAGAACAAGGAAUCUGCUUUGAAGGCUUACGAGAACGAACUGAUUGCUGAGGCGAAGCGUGAAGUUGAAUUGAUGCGUCUGGGAAGCGCUCUGAUGAACGAGAAGGCUGCUAACAACGCUAUGAAUGCUCCUUCUGAAGCUUACAGCGCUGAUUGUGUCCGUGAGCUGUCUCUGAUGCUGGUGAAGAAGUGCGGUCACAAAUUGCCGUUCUCUUCUAAGCAGAACAACAUGCUUCGUAACAUUUGUCUCCCUGGUUUGAGUGUUCCUAACGUGAACUGGGAUGAUAUUUGCAUGUAA